ACCAUCACUGUUAUUAUGACAUCAAGUGGAGAAAAACUGUCAAGCAAUAAUUGUAGAACUGGAAAAAAGUGUCCAGACAAUGUUCAUUUCAUAAUGCGUGCAAACGGUAAUAUCAGCAUCAGUCAAAGAAAAUCUGUUAAUUCCCAGAAUCAAUUUUCGUUGACCUUUGAAUCAAAUGAAUGUGAUGUGAUGUACUGCAGUUUGCAAUCUUCUCGCUUAAAUGCGCAGUCUAGUGAUGCUUUCCAGCCCAACGCUGGAAAGCUGAAGCUGUCGCCGCUGGAAAAGAUUGACGAUGCCAAUACCGUAGCCCCUCCAUCGCCCGCACCUAAUAAUGAUGGUUUUGAGGCAUGCGUUAACCAGUUAAAAACUCAUACAUGUAACGUAACAAUAUCAAAGUCAGACAACCAUGCCUUAGUUCCGAAGCAUGGUAUCGGAACAACAAGCUACCAUCAACGUGGCAUAUCCCCAAACUCAAGAUAUCGUCUGGAGCGGUAUAAAGAGGCUAAGCCAGCUCAACAACCAAAAUUAUUAGAAGCAGUAAAUGUUCCAUCAACAGUUCCAUCUGUUUCCUCAACUCGAUUACUGCUACCAUCCAAUGUAGCGCUACCGAUGGGUCAAUGUGAAAAUUAUAAUGCUUAUCUAGGAUCGGCGGUACAUACACCAGUAAAGCGAUAUGUGCCAACUCCACCGCCUGCUAUUGAUAUGUAUGCAGGCCUAACAUUACAGGCCUCGUCAGCGAAUAUGACCCCCCCGGCAUCAUCAGUGCAGCCUCAGUACGGCAAUAUGCCCUAUAAUUAUCGUUCAAAAUGCUGCCAUAAUGGCAAUGUGGAAUCUAUGCAUGGAAGUUUGACCAAACCAUCACAAACAUAUGUCGCGAGUGUAUCCUGUUCAACAUCUUGUACCUCGCCAUUGCCCGCACCAUCAACAAGUAUUUCCAUGGCUUUUUCAGCAGGCAACCAUUGCUCGCCAAUUAUGACAGCUACUGCAGAGCAAACGAUAGCUCACAGUAGCGACAACUCACAUAUAACCAGCCGAAGAUCCGAGGAAAGUGAUUCUUUAAUUGUUAUAGCACCCGGUACCACCAUAGCCCAAUUAGAAGCGGACAGCCCCGCCGGCACGUGCAUGCAUUGCAAUACAGCACGACGAACCACUGGGGUACAUCAGACAACACAAACGACUGGACCUAUUAGUCCUGUGCCGAUAUCUUUGUCUGUUCCUAUGACUGCGCCAGUAAUAUCGAGUUUGAGUGAGCAACUUGCAAAUACAAAUACCGAAUCAAGUAUCGUGUCCGUUCAAACGAAACUCCAUGAUAGUAGAAAUAUUGCACUGAAGCAGGGGUCGAGUCAUCAUCAGUUGUACGGACCAGGUACUGCAGCUGCGUUUAGCCAUCUUAUAAGCAAUCCACGCUUACAGCAUACUCACCACACACAGACACAUCAACACCAGUCGUUGCAAAUACUACCGCAGCCACAAAUUCAUCAUUACUCUUGCAAAAAGCGAAUAGUAAUCUAUUUAAAACGUACAACUUCCCAAUUUUUUGGAGUUGAGCCGAGUACUGAGGCCGAAGAUUGUGCUCUGUGGCAUGGUCGACAUCGUCGACUAGCUAUUCGUCGAUUUGGAUUGUUCGAUAGCGCACUAGAAUAUCGUGUCCAACAGUCGAUUAGACACGGUGUUAAUGUUGAAGUUGGAAAGCAAAAUAGUCCGGAAAUGAAGCAGAACUGUUCUAACGCAAGCAGUAAUUACGCACAGGAUCGCCCCGACAUUCUACCAGUUCAAGAUGCAAUUGCUAUGAAUAUGACAUAUUCUUCAGAUAAUAGGCGACCCAAAUUCUACACUAACAGAGAUUUUUGUGACGGUGAAUUUGUAGAGCGUAAGGCGUCAGUUGGUCACAUGUUUAUAACAAUGGUUAAUUAUUUGCUCCAUUUUAUUUAUAAAAGGCAGACUAAGUGCAGCCACAGAGUAAAGCAUCAGUGGCAAUGGUCACGUAGUUUUGCACCGUUACAUGUGCAAAGCAGCUCCAGUUUUGAUCCGACUCACAACGAUCAACCGAUUGAUAUAGAAAUAAGCAAUAGCAUGACGGAUGCUUUAGAAACGAUAAUUGUUGAUGAACUCUUUUUUGAUAGUCCUUGCGAAGUGUCUACUGCAUCUGCAAAUGAUGACAUAUCUGAUAUUAGCAGACAAGCCAUUAAGCCACGUGUCUCCACACUGGGAACCAAUGGUACCAAUAUGGGAGUUGGAGUAAGUGUGUACAUGACUGAAAGACACCAAAACGGAUGGCGCACAUCCGCUCUGAUCAGCAAUGCAUGCACAAAUGGUGAUAUUAAUUUAAAUGCUGAUCAAAAUUUACAUCAAGUAAAUGCGGGUCAUAUACAAUUGUGCAACUCAAUCCCUAGCCAAAUACAACCAUCAAUGCGAACAUCACAAUCUACAACAUCUGCAUGCCAACGUGGUACACGUAUUACAGCUCAGCUGUUGGACGGAGUCUUGGAAAACUCAAGGCGAACCCCUUUACGGCGCAUCAAAUAUUUCUCAGUCAAUGAUUUAGACGAUCGAACGGAUCAUCGACCUAUAUUUACCUAUUGGAUUAAUACCGUACAGUUUUUAGUUUUAGUUCUAUCGAUAAUAUGUUAUGGUAUUGCUCCAAUUGGAAUUGGCUCUGAACAAAAAACAGGACAGGUACUGGUCACCAGUCUAAGUCUGCAGACGGUUCAACAUGUAGAACAACGAAAUCUGUGGAUUGGGCCUAGGAAUAUUGACUUAGUUCACAUUGGUGCAAAGUUUGCUGCCUGCAUGCGACGUGACAGUAAGAUCAUGGACGUGGUUAUUAAGACAAGACGUCACGAAAGGGAAACAGCCUGCUGUAUCCGGAAUGAUGACUCCGGAUGCGUUCAAAGUUCUCAAGCGGAUUGUAGUAUAAGAGGCCUCUAUCCUACAAAAUCCAUAUCAACAUGGAAAAAAUGGUCGCCCGGCGAAUCAGGACCUGGAGGUCGAAUUUCUGGAUCAGUUUGCGGCUUAGAUCCAAAAUUUUGCGAUGCACCAGCGUCAAUAGCACCAUAUGAGUGGCCCGACGACAUCACAAAGUGGCCCAUUUGUCGUAAAACGAAUUCAUUCACGCAGCGCUAUCGUUAUAAAGACCAUACUUCUGAGCAUAUGGUCUGCGAAGUAAUUGGUCAUCCUUGUUGCACCGGGUUAUACGGAGAAUGCCGAAUAACGACGCGGGAGUAUUGUGAUUUUAUAAAUGGAUAUUUUCAUGAGGAAGCCUCUCUCUGCUCACAGAUAUCAUGCCUCAACAAUGUUUGUGGCAUGUUACCAUUUAUAUCUGUGGAAACUCCAGAUCAGCUCUAUAGACUGCUAACAUCACUGUGCAUGCAUGCCGGUAUCUUACACUUGGCAAUUACACUCAUUUUCCAGCAUUUGUUUCUUGCUGAUUUGGAAAAAUUAAUUGGAACGCUACGAACUGCUGUUGUCUACAUAGUUUCCGGCUUUGCAGGAAAUCUUACAAGCGCUAUAAUUGUACCACAUCGCCCAGAGGUUGGACCAUCAGCAUCGCUCUGUGGUGUGGUGUCUUCGCUUAUUGCACUUUUGAUAUGGAUGCAUUGGAAAUGUCUUCACAAGCCGCAUAUUGCUUUAUUUAAAUUGUUACUCUUAUGCAGUGUUCUGGUCGGAAUCGGAACCCUACCCUAUCAGCUGAAUUUUGUUGGACUUUUGGCUGGAGUGGCUUGUGGUGGCCUUUUAACUAUGACCCUAGUGCCAUUUACAACAUUUUCGAAAUACGGACGAAAAAAAAAGAUAAAACUUAUUUGGACAUGUCUAUUGUUCCAUGUAGUAGUAUACAGUGGUUUGAUUGCUACCUUUUACAUUCAUCCCAGUGAAUUUCAUACAAUAAGCAUUGUGGAUAUUUUUAGUAAUAGCAACGGAUACGAUAAUGUCACCAACUCUGACCAUCAUGGCGUUGACGUCAUAAGCAGCACCACUAGAUACACGGAGGCCCAAAAUCCCCAAUUUUAUUAUCACCAUCAUUCUGAUGAUAUUAUCAGAAAUAGUGUCGCAUUCACAGAAAGAGCUCUUGUUUCGCACAUAAUAUAUCCAUCAACUCCACGGAAAGCAAGUGUUCAACAGUGGCAGAAAGCUGAGUUGAGUCGUUCGUUGAAUAACUUUACAAAUUAUAGUAAUAUAAAAAAAAGUAUCGAACAUAUAUCAAACGUAAAAAAAAUGUUUACCCUACCUGUUAGAUUAACAAUUCAAAAUAACCAUUCAAAUCUUAUGACUGAAUUAACAACAGUGAAUACCAAAAUGAACCAGAAAUAUUUAGGUUAUAUAAACAACACAAAAGAAAAAAGACCGUAAUUAUUUUAAAUAAUCGAAUCAAUUAAAUAAAAUAUAAGUAUAUAUA